CCAAAUCCCAAGAAGAAGAUGACGAAGAACAAGAACAAUAAUUACAGCGCUUUUGCACUUUGUUGAGAGCGGAGUUGCACGACAAGCUUGCAUUGGGAUAUACUGGUGAUUUAAAAUGCGUUUGAAUUUGGAUGCAUUUUGUAUACAGCUACGUGUUUCAAAUUAUGGUAAUUGAUCUAGCGGUCCACAGCUGAUUUGAUAGUCGACUGCUUAUCUCAAUAGUGACUGCAGAGUCCUAUCCAUUACUAGAACAAGUCGAGACAUGACUAAUCCUAUGUUUUGGGACCAACUGCAAGCUGGAAGCUCCGAGGUGGACUGGUGUGAAGGCAAUUACCUUAUUUACCCUAGCAUUGCAGAGUUUUAUAACACGAUCAGCAACAUCUUGUUUUUUGUUUUACCGCCUAUAUUAAUGUGCUUGUUCCGCCAGUAUGCAACACAUUUCAACAGUGGAAUAUAUCUCAUUUGGAUUCUACUGGUUGUGAUUGGUAUUGGCUCCACAUACUUCCAUGCCACCCUCAGUUUCCUGGGUCAGAUGCUGGAUGAGUUGUCCAUCCUGUGGGUGCUCAUGUGUGCCAUCGGCAUGUGGUUCCCCAAGAGAUAUCUGCCCAAGAUGUUCAGGAAUGACAGGUCAAGGUUCAAAGUAGUCAUCGGCAUCUUGUCCGGGAUCACCACUGGUUUGGCCUUCGUUAAGCCCGUCAUCAACUCGGUGUCUCUGAUGACUCUGGGUAUCCCCUGCACCGUUCUGCUCAUUACUGAGCUCAAAAGGUGUGAGAACCCACGUGUAUUCAAGCUGGGGCUUAUCUCUGGGUUUUGGUGGGCUCUGGCUCUACUCUGCUGGAUCAGUGACAAGAUCUUCUGUGAGAUGUGGUCCUCUGUCAACUUCCCCUACCUACACUGUGCUUGGCACGUCCUUAUCUGCCUAGCCUCCUACCUGGGCUGUGUGUGCUUCGCCUACUUCGACGUCGCCACAGAGGCCCCCGAACGAGGCCCGGUCAUCAUGUUCUGGCCCAACGAGAAAUGGGCCUUCAUCGGAGUGCCCUAUGUCACUCUACUCUGUGAAACCAAGAAAUCUGACUCUGUCAAGGUGACAUAACAUCCUCAGGGCCCACUGAGCUUGGAAAAUUCCUCACUAUGAGGUGCUCCCCAAACAUGCACACAAAAUACGCCCUGAUGUCAGACAAUCUGAACAAUGCAUGUAGAAUGCUUUAAAAUGAAGUACCUCUAAAGUACUUCUCUGACAUGCGUGACAAAGGCGACAUAACGUGUCCGUUAUCGCUUCAAAAUGAAAUCCCCUCAAUAAUGCAAUAAUGUUUAUGCAACUUAAUGUCAAAGCACAAAUGUGUCCCGCAGUCAUCUAUUAAAGUGACAUAAGUGAGGUAACAUCAAUGCUAAGAAACUUACCAAGUUCUUCAUUAAUCAACUGCGAAUGUAAUUCUCAGGCUUUGUUGAGGUGAUCGUGAAUAAUUCAAUUUAGAGUAAGGCAGUAAUGUAUAUAGGUGUGUUGCAGUGUUUCUCACAGAAAUUUAUUUUUUCAGCUCUGGAUCUACUAUUCAAAAUGCUCACUUGCCCUUACAUUUUCAGGCAAUUAAGCACAAAUGGUGAGGACCUUGCCAAUGGUGUAUAUUGUGCAGUAUUUACAUUUACAGCGUGGCUGACUGAUUGUUAAUACUGUUAUAGACGUAUAUUAAUUAACUCCUUAGACUCAUGGGAAUUGACCUAUAGGGAGAAAUUUAAAUGUUUCUUACAGAAGAAAUAUGGAAUGCAUAACCAAGAUAGCAAUUAAAAGGGAACAGUUUGGUUAGUUAUUGGAAAAUUAUCACACUAAAGCUGAGGACACAAGACUGAAUCCAAACAUUACAUUUUUUGUGCAUUUUACUGUACUUUUCGCCGCAUUUGUUGCUAACGAAAUCUAAAAAUACUCUGGAUACAUUCAGUUACAUGAUAAAAAAAUAUUAUUGGAAAAUUUGGGUUAGGUACAACAUAAGACAAAAAAAAUGACAAGUGAGAGAUCUAAUUGGUGUUCCCAAGUGGCUUCUCCAAAGUGUGCACAGUUCUGAAGUAAUUUCAAUGCACUUUUUAUGACUCAAAGAAGAGUCUUCAACUAUAAGGAGCUUUUUUUUCUUCUCUCCUAGCUGUGCCGUUGAGGAACUAGAGCACACACAUAUGUGUUUUUUUUGUUGGGAACACAGUCCUGCAUCCCCGUCUUUACACAAUUACUGUUGUUUACGCAAUCCAAAACCGGUCCAUUAUAAAUCGCAAUCUGGGUCAGGUGGGCAUAACGUGAAAGAUUGUUCUAUUGCCAAAAUGACUAGCUAAAUCAUAAAAUAUGUACUCAACAGUGUUAGGUCUUCACAAGGCAAUUCAGAGAAGGCGAUAAUCAUUUUGGUGCGCAUAGAAUGGAGUCGUGUGCAUUCAGAUGCAUGGUCCGCUGCAAGUUUAUCACGAUACAACAAAUAGGCUCAUUCUGUUCAGGACAACCCAGGGUAUAAUGCCAUGUCAUCUGUACAUCAAACAUGUAAUAUACAUGUUGACACUAUAUUACUUGAGUUGAUAUGGUAAUGUGAAGUAGACUCACAGGUGUUUGGCUUGGUUGUAUGACAUCAGAGUGGUAUAAUCAUCCUCAUAAUUUAUAGCCUUUCCCUCACUCAGACAACAAAACAUUUGCUAAAGUUGCCCAAUUAUAGCGGGAGGGAUGAAGGCAACUUCUUGUCGCGCGCGGUGCUCAAGUUCAGAACAACUGUCAGUCAAAACCCAUACAGAGCUGUGAAGCUGAAAUCCUGAGGAAAUCCUGAGCUCUGACUCAUGUAUAGCAUGUUACUGUACAGCCAUUGUGUUUGAAUUUAGGCUCUUAGCAAUCUUUUUCCACACGUAUAUGGGUACGAAUGUGAAGCGUUAAGACUUUCUGUAUACAGUAUUAUCUCAGUUAUUGCAUUAUCUACAACUAUAUUUAAGAGCAUUUGUAUUAUAUACUUUAAAAUGUAAGGCCGAAAGCAAACUAUUUUUUUCUCCCUGUUGAAGGCUCUGGAACACACCUUUUUGAAGUAAGAGGUGUUUAGCUGAUUCUUAUUUUAAACACUCAACCCCCCCAACCAUAGUAUUUACUGAAUGCGGAGUAUUAGAAGAGAAAUGUAAGUCAAGUCUCAGAUUGUCAGUUGUCAUGAAAAUGAGAGUAACAGAACUGAAAUGUAAAACACUGUCUCAACUGUUCAUGAUAGUGAAUUGCAACCAUAUAAAUACUCGCAUAGACAUAAAAGGGAUAGGUCAGUUACCAUAGUAAUUGUUUGCUGUUGAUGUCUUCAUGAUGCCUUGACAGCAAUAUUAUGCUGGUUGUUACGUGUCCAACCCUACUGAAUAGUUACCCACAUGAAGAGAACUAAGAAAGUCUAAACUAGACAAGUUUUUUGCACCUGUUAUUUUCAGAAGGGAAUAAAGAUAAAAGCAACAAGAAUAAAACGCACAACUAUCUUAAUAUUUAAUCUACCUUUAGGACUAAAAUACACUUUUAUUAUAGGAGAUUCAUG